UGUUCCUCUAUAAAAAGGGAAGAAAGCGGUUCCCGAGCCAUCACAGACUUGGAGGGGACAGUCUGUGACCAAGGCUGCUGCAUCCCCUCCUCGGCACCCGACUCCCUGCUGCAGCAUGAAACUCAUACUCUCUACUGUGCUGUCCUUUGGGAUAGUGGCUCUGUGUUUUGCUGCUCCCCCCAAGGCAAACAUCAGAUGGUGCACAAUAUCCUCACCAGAAGAGAACAAAUGCAACAGCCUAAGAGACCACAUGCAACAAGAGAGCAUUGCAUUGAGUUGCCUGCAGAAAACAUCGUAUCUUGACUGCAUAAAAGCCAUCGCGAAUAAUGAAGCAGACGCCAUUAGCUUGGACGGUGGUCACAUUUUCGAGGCCGGCCUCGCCCCCUAUGGUUUGAAGCCCAUUGCUGCUGAGGUCUACGAACACAGUGAAGGCUCCACAACCAGCUACUACGCCGUGGCUGUCGUGAAGAAAGGAACGGGCUUCACAAUAGAUAACUUGCAGGGCAAGACCUCCUGCCACACAGGCCUGGGCAGGUCUGCUGGCUGGAACGUCCCCAUCGGGACGCUCCUCCGCCGGGGUGACAUCAAGUGGGACGGCAAAGACUCAGCCUCCAUCGAACAAGCGGUGGCCAAUUUUUUCUCUGCCAGCUGCGUGCCUGGUGCCACAAGUGAACCAAAACUGUGUCGGCAGUGCAAGGGGGAUGCGAAAACCAAAUGCUCCCGCACAGGGCCUUAUUCUGGAUAUUCGGGAGCUUUCCAGUGUCUGAAAGACGGAAAAGGAGACGUGGCUUUCGUGAAACACACAACUGUUCUAGAAAACGCCCCAGAGGAGAAGGACGAUUAUGAGCUGCUGUGUCUGGAUGGCACCCGUGCGCCUGUGGACAACUACAAAGCCUGUCACUGGGCCAGAGCGCCUGCUCAUGCUGUUAUGGCUCGAGAUGAUAACAAGGUUGAAGACAUCUUGCUCUUCCUCUCAAAAGCGCAGGAAAGAUUUGGCCAUGGCACAACUGGCAGCUUCCACCUCUUUGGGCCACCUGGCAAGAAGGACCCAACCCUCAAAGACUUGCUUUUCAAAGACUCUGCCAUCCAGCUGAAGCGCAUCCCCGCGCUGAUGGAUACCCAGCUCUACCUGGGCUUUGAGUAUUACAGCGCCAUCCAGAGCGUUCAGAAAGAUCAGCUGAACUCCAACCGCAGAGAAAAUAAGACACGGUGGUGUGCAGUAGGCAAGAAAGAGAAGAGCAAGUGUGACUUCUGGAGUGUGGUGAGCAACGGCGAGGUGGAGUGCACCGUGACAGACAGCAAUGAGGACUGCAUUAUUAAGAUCAUGAAAGGUGAAGCAGAUGCUAUCAGCUUAGACGGAGGUUUCGUCUACACCGCCGGCGUGUGUGGCUUGGUGCCGGUGAUGGGAGAAAACUACGAGGAUGAGAGUCAAUGCGGCAAAGCAGAAGCUGAACCAGCAUCCUACUUUGCUGUGGCUGUUGUGAAGAAAUCUGAUGGUGAUAUCAGAUGGAACAAUCUGCAGGGCAAGAAGUCAUGCCACACCGCUGUUGGGAGAACUGCUGGCUGGAACAUCCCCAUGGGCUUGAUUCACAACAAGACGGGGAACUGCAACUUCGAGGAAUACUUCAGCGAGGGCUGUGCUCCCGGGUCUCCUCCAAACUCCCGCCUCUGCAAGCUCUGCCAGGGCUCAGGGAGGAUCCCACCAGAGAUCUGCGUUGCCAACAGCCAUGAGAAAUACUAUGGCUACACUGGAGCUUUCCGGUGUCUGGUCGAGCGGGGUGAUGUGGCCUUUAUUAAGCACUCAAUCGUCGAGGAAAACACCGGUGGCAGAAAUAAAGAAGAGUGGGCCAAAGAUCUGAAAACGGACCAAUUUGAGUUGUUGUGCCCUGACGGGCGUCGGGCAAACAUCAUAGCUUACAGGGACUGCAACUUGGCUAAAGUUCCUACCCAUGCCGUGGUCACACGUCCUGAGAAAGCCAAAAAAAUCCAGGACCUGCUGGAGAAACAAGAGAAACUGUUCGGACCAAAAGGAAUGGAGGCAGACAGGUUCAAGAUGUUUGAGUCUCAAACCAAGGACCUUCUCUUUAAAGACUCGACCAAGUGUCUUGUCAAGCUCCGCGAUGGAAUAACAUACAAGGAAUUCCUCGGAGAUCAAUACUAUGCUUCCGUUUCUAGCCUCAACACCUGCAAUCCAUCAGGUCUCCUCCAGGUGUGUACUUUCCUUGAGGGGAAGUAGCCAGGGGCGAAAGAUGCUCGACGGAGGGGGAGGAAGCUUCAAGCCAUGACUCCUCUUGUGCCCUCAGCGCCGAACACCGAUCCGCAGAGGGCCCUCUGCCUUCACUGCUUUCUCUGUCCUUCCUCAUCACUCUGAACGUGGCUAUUGGAGACUUUACCAUUCUCUGCUGCCAUCACAGCAAGAAAUAAAAUCUCACAUCUAAA